AUGGCUAAACAUAUUUUUAAAUAUUUGAACAACAACCAUUCUAUCUGGGUUGACAUUCUCAACGUUAAAUAUGGGAAAGUUAAUUUUUGGCAAGGCUCCAUCCCUGCUAAAUGCUCGUGGUUUUUUCGUGGGUUAUGUCAUUCGGCUAAAUAUAUUAAGCCUUUUUGCAAAAUCAAUGCUGUUAACCCUGAGCGCACUUCGUUUCUUUGGGACCCUUGGAUCUUUGACACUCCGGUUGCAUUUAAGCCUACAUACAUUAAUAUGGAUGUUGAUCUCCCUAACGUUGCUAUGUCGGAUUUGGUUUCGGAUAAUCUGUGGGAUCUUAACUCUCUCUCCCUGAUCUUUGGUGAGAUGACCAACACGUUUAAUAGCGAAUCUGUUUCGGUUGUUCCUGACCUUGAUAAUCAUUGGAUUUGGCUGCCUAAACCCAGUUCCUGUAAAAUCUCUUCAGCUGUUUACCACCAUUUAAAUAACCAAUCUUCAUUUUCUGAUCCUUGGGUUGGUUGGAAGCACUUAUGGAAAAUCCCUGUUGCCCCGCGUGUUAAGCAUUUCAUCUGGUUAUGCAUCAAAGGUCGUUUGUCUACUUUUGCCUUUCUUAACCAACUAAAUAUUGGUCUGGAUCGCCCCUGCAUAUUCUGCGGUCUUCACCGUGAAACCAUCAAUCACCUUUUUAAUGACUGUUCUAGUGCUCAAUUCGUUUGGAAUCAAAUCAUGAUCAAAUCUAAUCAGACCUUCAGCUUUCGGGACGAUUUCCAAGCGGGCGAUUGGAUCUUAACUUAUCAUACCUCUCCGAUCAUUCUUGCUCUCAUCGCUGCUGGCGCUUGGUUUAUCUGGAUUUGCAGGUGUAAUUAUGUUUUUAAGCAUGAGAGACCGAAUCUCAUUAUUCCUGUGUACAAGACCAUUGCUCAUACCAGAGAUUUUGCUUACGGAUCCCGCGUCUCCAUCGGUAGAAACUUCAUUCAGUUUAACUUCUCUUGCACGGACGGCCCUUUCCUCUUCACUCACGUUAUCGUCAACCACGAUCUUCAGGUUAGGUCUGUCGGCUUUUUUAUCUCCGAUGCUUAUUCUUGUAUCUCUCUCGCAGGAUGCGUGUCGCAGCCUUCGUUGGACACUUCUUGCGAUGAGAUUUUCGCCAUUGAGAUUGCUCUAUCGACUGCCCUGGCGCACUGCUUCAAUGUCAAAAGAAUUUUCUGUUCCCAUCAUGGUGCUUUGGAUCUCCUUCAUCGCAUACGACUCUACUCUCUCUUGGAGAUACCCGACCUCAAAUCAGCAAUCUCAUGCUCCUUUUGGACUCCAGCCUACAUCCAAUCAUUGACUGUAUACCUCUUCUCUGGUUCAAACCGGCUUCCGAUCUCGCUUCUCUGGGAUUUCGUCAUCAGCACCUGA